UUUCAGGGUCCAUCAAUUCAAGAUUUUGACAUUAUCAAACCGAUAAGCAGAGGUGCUUUUGGGAAAGUAUUUCUGGGUCGACAUAAAGCCAAAAACCAAUUGUUUGCUAUAAAAGUAAUGAAGAAAGCUGACCUGGUGAUCAAAAAUAUGGUUCAACAAGUUAUUGCAGAACGUGAUGCCAUGGCCGUAUCGAAGAGUCCAUUUGUAGUUCGUCUUUUCUAUUCAUUUCAAACAACUCAGAAUGUAUAUCUGGUUAUGGAGUAUCUAAUAGGCGGAGAUGUAAAGUCAUUAUUGCAUAUGUAUGGCUAUUUUGAUGAAGACAUGGCUGUGAUGUAUACAGCAGAGGUCAUACUGGCCCUGAAAUAUCUACACAACCAUAGUAUAAUUCAUAGGGAUCGAAGCCAGAUAAUAUGCUAAUGGCGGAUAAUGGACACAUCAAAUUAACAGAUUUUGGUCUUUCAAAACUAUGCCUCAAUAGAAAGAUUGGUAUAACAGAUGUGCUGAAUACCCCCUCUAUGGCAAAACUCUCCAGUGAUUAUUAUCGAACACCAGGUCAGAUAUUAUCACUCACCAGUGCAUUGGCAUUUAAUGUGCCUGACUCCAACAACCAGAGUUGUCAGGACAAGUCAGACACUAUAACACCACUACAUGGUUCCAGUUUUCGUCAAGUGCCACCACAUAUAUUAGCCCUUAGGAACUCAGCUUUGCAUGCUUCUCCAACACUGAGCGAGUCUCGAGGCAGCUCAGGACAAAGUUUAAGAUCAAGUCAAGCUUACAGCCUGCCAACGGAAAUGAACAGCAGUGUAAAACAAGAUAACAAUAGCUUGAAUAAUUCUCUGUGUGAGUGUGUCAAUGAUGUCUCCGACACAUCUAAACUGUUUAAUGAAGAAAAACAAGAAAGCACAAGCAGAGUUGAUGAUAUUUUGAGCAGCCCUUUGUUGGAGUCUGUAGAUAAAUGCACUCCUAUCCUCCGUAGGAAAGCCUCUUUUCCUCUUCCACCCCCUGUACUCAGCCUGACUCCCACCUAUAGAAAUUCACCCUCGUCUAGUGAUCUCAGUUCUAUUACAUCCAUAUCAAGUACUCCAGGGGUUGAUGGUUUAGGGGACGGUAUAAAACUGAAAAGCCGUGGAUUACACAGAGGUGUGUUGAACGCUAAAUUUCGUCUGAGUAUGGAUCAGAGCACCCCAGCUGAGACGUGUCAAACUGGGAAUGUUAAUAGACAAAUAAACCUCCCUGAUGGGAGUCUGAUCAGCAAUGUCAGUUAUACAACUGCAAUUGAUGAAAAUACCAGUGAAGAUCUCUCACAAAGUGGCAGUAGUUCUGUCAAAUAUUUUGAAAACUUUGUAGAAAGUGGACGAAAUUCAAGCCUGUCAAGAUCAGUUUGUAGCAGACUGAAUUAUGACUCUGAUCCAGAAGAUUAUCAAUCUGACUCAGUUUGCUCUGGGGGCAAGAAACGAAGUUUUGACUGUGUUGAUAAAAGUCCUUUCAAGCCUGGUAAGACUAUCGCUCAGCCGAGAAGAAGAUCUUGCUGUUCUGCCAGCUCCAGCACUGGAUUAACUGCAGAGAUAUUUAAUUUGGACAUUGUAAAACCGUCAUCAUUCUUGUCAACUGCUAGUUCGAAAUCGUCCGAAUUAACACCUCUGAAACCUUUGGAGUCAACACAAAAGACUUGUAGAGGAGGCAUCCCACUGCGGAGAAAAAACUCUCGCCAAAACCUUUUCGCUGCCGUGGGAAAGAACAAAGUCACUGAUUUGAAUAACAUACAAAGUAGUAGCAACAAUAAAUUAUUCAAAAAGCCAGAAUGUUUAUCAAAUUCUUCGCCUGUUCACGGUCUUGAUCAGUUGCAGUUCGACAAACCCUCGAACACAAGUAUGUUUGAUUUUUCAUUUAGCGAGAAAGAGUCGCUUCAGCCUCUGGAACUCAACAAUGAAAAUCCUGAUACCUCCCUCGGUGAAAACUGUGAACAUGAAAAGGAAAAUAAUGGCGGAUCAUUUGACUUGGAUAACUCUCUGGAUAAAUCUGUCGAUGCAAAUUGGAAUGACAGUAUUGAUUUAAACAGAUCAGAGCAUGAGAAAUCAAUUGACAGCAUUCAGUUCUGUGAGGGGGAGAAAAUCCCAGAGAUUGAGAAAGCCCGAGAAGCACUUUCAUCCAGUCUUGCUGAAGAAUGUGAAAAAAUCAACGUCAGUUUUCAGGACUUAUCAUUUGAAUCUCCUGAGUCUGAAAAAGGAUCAAAAAGUAAAAAGAAGUCUGUUGAUGUGUCACAAAUGGAUGCUACUAUGAUGUCGUUACCAGGGAGCCCUUACGUCUCCAGGAAGCAGCCCUUGCUUGCAAAACCUAAGAAAUCGGCCAGUUCUACUCUGGUGACCUUUGCUGAGAAAGUAAUGCAUCUGGAACCUAGCUUAUAUAACAGCGAGAUUGACAGAUCUGGUAACUAUUUCAGUCCUAUUGGGAGUCUAGCUUCACUCUCAAGCAGUUUCAGUCAUGCCAAAGUUCCUGUCAGUUUUCUCACUCCAGGAAAUCCUUCCAAUAAACAAAAUAUGAAUUAUAAACCAUUUUUCACACCUGGUCACACACCAUUACGUACACCAAAGAGCUGCAUGAGAGGCCGUGUAGUGGAUGAAACUGCUGGCAGGAUAUUGGGCACCCCGGAUUACUUGGCACCAGAAUUACUUCUCUACAAACCACAUGGGCCAGAAGUUGAUUGGUGGGCAUUAGGUGUAUGUUUGUUCGAGUUCCUCACAGGAGUUCCUCCAUUUAAUGACCAGACUCCAGAUUUGGUUUUCCAGAAUAUCCUUAACCGAGAUAUCCCAUGGCCUGAUGGAGAGGAGUCGUUAACGGAGCAUUCCCAAAGUGCAAUUGAUUUGUUGCUGAAUGUUGAUCCUAGCAAAAGAGCAGACGCCAAAUGUAAGUACUGGUACAUGUAAUCUGUUGGUGGUGUUCCAGGGUUCAC